GGAGAAGUAGAGCAAAGGGUGGGUAACUUGGUGGUAGAACACUACUUGAAAAGUAGCCUACGCCACUACAGCAAAUAUAAGUUCGUGCAGUUGCUUACUUUCGGUCCACAACAGACACCGACAACGAUGGCUCUCGUGAUAAGGAUAAUUUUCCUAGCAAGUGUUGCAUAUUUAACUUCAACAGCGCACGAUGGACCACUGAUCCACACCAAGCUGGGAGCACUCAGAGGCGAGUACUUGCGAGUGAGGGGAAAGACGUCAGUGGUUCACUCCUACCUGGGCGUGCCCUUUGCUAAGCCACCUGUGGGACCCCUCAGGUUGGCCCCACCCCAACCUGUGCAGGGAUGGGAGGGAGUCAGGGAUGCCACCAAGCAACCACCUAUGUGUAUACAAGAUCGACAGAUGUCUUUAAAUGUGUCGGAAUUGGUUGGCAUGAUUAUGGAAAUUCCUGAGGUGUCUGAGGAUUGCCUCUAUCUCAAUGUUUACACUCCUGUCAAACCUUCUGAAGAUGCUAAGUUAUCAGUCAUGGUGUGGAUCCAUGGGGGAGGGUUUUACAUGGGCUCCGCCUCCUUUUAUGAUGGAUCUGUCCUGGCAGCCUAUCAGAAUGUGGUGGUGGUGCUGAUUCAGUACAGAUUGGGAAUGCUUGGCUUCUUCAGCACUGGGGAUGAUAACGCCCCUGGAAACUGGGGACUCUUGGACCAGGUGGCCGCACUGCAGUGGGUCCAGGAGAACAUCCAGAGCUUUGGAGGGGACCCCUCGUCUGUCACCAUAUUUGGAGAGUCCGCGGGGGGGGCGAGUGUGUCACUGCAGGUUCUUUCACCCUUGAGCUCUGGGCUGUUCCAUCGAGCCAUUGCUGAGAGUGGCACUGCAGCCUCGGAUCCCCUCGUCACCUCAGAGCCUUUGGCCGUAGCCAUGAUGGUGGCCAAUGCAUCAAGCUGUGCUGGCACCAAGCCACACAAGAUUGUGGACUGUGUCAUGCAGAUGUCAACUGAGGACAUUUUGAAGAUUGCAAGGAGUCAAGAAUUCAUAUUCAUGGUGACAGUUGAUGGACAUUUUUUACCCAAACCUGUGAAGGACCUUUUUAAAUCUCACGAAUUCAGCAAAGUGCCAUUAAUUAAUGGCAUUACCAAUGAUGAAUGUGGAUGGUUAAUGCCCGCGAGCAUGGCACCACCUGGCUGGAUAGAUGGGAUGGAUCUAGAGACUGCCAAACAGAUGAUCACCCCCUUCCUCCUUUAUUUUGUAGACAGCGACGUUGUUGACUUCAUUUUGGAAGAGUAUCUGGGGAAUGGAGAGGACAUGUUGAAAAACAGGGACGCAUAUACAGAACUCGCUGCGGAUAUAGUCUUCAAUAUGGCUGCCAUCAAGCUAUCAAAAGCUCACAGAGAUUCUGGUGCACCUGUUUACAUGUAUGAGUUCCAGCAUCCUCCAAGAUUCCUUUCGUACAAGCGCCCAAGCUUUGUCAAAGUGGACCACGGAGACGAACUUGCCUUUGUCUUUGGAGGCUGCUUCAUGAAAGCCCAUGUCAAGAUAAAUGGCUCGUUCACUGAGGAGGAAGAUGGGCUUUGUACAACAGUGAUGUCAUACUGGGGCAACUUCGCUCGCACUGGAUCUCCCAAUGGUCCUGGGUUGACCCACUGGCCGAUGUACGGUGCUGGGGAAGAGUACUUGGGGAUCGGGCUGAAGCAGCAGGUGGGAAGCCACCUGAGGGCCAACCGCUUCACCUUCAUGACGGAGACUCUUCCCAAGAAGAUACAACAGCAGAAGCAAGGACCACUGAUCCACACCAAGCUGGGAGCCCUCAGAGGCGAGUACUUGCGAGUGAGGGGAAAGACGACAGUGGUGCACUCGUACCUGGGCGUGCCCUUUGCUAAGCCACCUGUGGGACCCCUCAGGUUGGCCCCACCCCAACCUGUCCAGGGAUGGGAGGGAGUCAGGGAUGCCACCAAGCAACCACCCAUGUGUCUACAAGAUCGACAGAUAUCUCUGUUCUUUGCAAAAGAAUACAACAUGGUUAUGGAGAUUCCUGAGGUGUCUGAGGAUUGUCUCUAUCUGAAUGUUUACACUCCAGCGAAACCUGCUGAUGAUGCAAAAUUACCUGUCAUGGUGUGGAUCCAUGGUGGAGCGCUAGUCAUGGGCUCCGCCUCCUUUUAUGAUGGAUCUGUCCUGGCAGCCUAUCAGAAUGUGGUGGUGGUGCUGAUUCAGUACAGGCUUGGAUUGCUAGGCUUCUUCAGCACUGGGGAUGAUAACGCCCCUGGAAACUGGGGACUCUUGGACCAGGUGGCUGCACUGCGGUGGGUCCAGGAGAACAUCCAGAGCUUUGGAGGGGACCCCUCGUCUGUCACCAUAUUUGGAGAGUCCGCAGGGGGGGUGAGCGUGUCACUGCAGAUUCUCUCCCCACUGAGCACUGGGCUUUUCCACCGUGCCAUUGCAGAAAGUGGUACUGCAGCCAUGGAUCUCAUCACUGGCAUUCAGCCUAUGGGCACAGCCAAGACUGUGGCAGACAUAUCGAACUGUAUUGGCACCAAACCACAGGAAAUUGUUGACUGUGUAAUGCAAAUGUCGACUGAGGAUGUUUUAAAUGUUACGAUGAAUACAGGUUGGAUCUAUGGGCCGGCCCUGGAUGGACAUUUUUUACCAAAGAAAGUGGGGGACAUUUUUGAGUCUCAGGAAUUCAACAAAGUGCCAUUAAUUAAUGGUAUCAACAAUGAUGAAUGUGGGUGGCCAGUGGUUUCGUCAAUGGCUCCACCUGGUUGGGAAGAGGGAAUGGAUUUUGAGACAGUCCAAAAGUUAAUAGCCGCCUUCUUCCCAAACACAGAAGACUGGGCCAUUGACUUGGUUUUGGAUAAGUACCUGGGGAGUGGGGAGGACCGCAUCAAAAACAGAGAUGGAUUCACAGAGCUCUUAGCAGAUCUAAUCUUCCUUAUUCCUGCCAUCAAGCUGUCGAAGGCUCACAGAGAUUCUGGAGCACCAGUUUACAUGUAUGAGUUGCAGCAUCCUCCAAGCAUACUCACGGACAAGCGUCCAAGCUUUGUAAAGGUGAACCAUGGAGACGAUAUUGCAUUUGUGUUUGGAGGCCCAUUCAUGAAAAGUCAUGUCAAGAUUAAUGGCACCUUCACAGAGGAAGAAGACGAGCUUUGUAGAACAAUGAUGUCAUACUGGGGCAACUUCGCCCGCACUGGAUCCCCCAAUGGUCCAGGGUUGACCCACUGGCCGAUGUACGGUGCUGGGGAAGAGUACUUGGGGAUCGGGCUGAAGCAGCAGGUGGGAAGCCACCUGAGGGCCAACCGCUUCACCUUCAUGACGGAGACUCUUCCCAAGAAGAUCCAGGAGAUACAACAGCAGAAGCAGCAGCGCAGUGAUGAGCUGUAGAGGGACACUACAAUCUCUCUUCACAUGAGAACAACACUCCCAUUAGAGUCUUCACCGCAUGGAUUAAUGUUAUUAGAACUAGAUAGACUAUUUUAAUGGACAUAGGAAUUUAUAUGGAAUCAUAAAAGUGAAACCAAUAUCUAGUGCUAUUGAUGGAGGGAUGGAAUGAAAAAUCAUGGAAUGAAAGUUCUAUCACAGCCUGGUUUGUGUUCUCGUGUGUGUGUAAAUGUGAGGCCACCCUCAGAAACCUUAAAUAUAGAAGUUUAUGGGCCCUAUGACAGUCUAAAGCGCAUGGUCACUGGCGAAUAGUUUAAACAAAUUUCGGGGUUUGUCCAGUCCAUAUUGGGUGUGGUUUAGUUAUAAAACGUUAUGAAACGUCACAAGAAGGUGGGCCUUAUGUUUCUUAAUCAGUCAUGAGUGUGUUUUGGGCGUAACAUCAUUUAAACCAAUGAGAAUGACAUCUGUCAUUCCCUUUAACUGCGCGGAGCCAUUGUAGCCUAAUCAUGUAAAAAAAGUAUCAUCCUCAUGUAACAUGCUGUUUUAAUGUUGACACUGUAAACAUUCUCUAGGAAGGGUGAAAACCAGUUUGCAGUAAAACUAACCACAACGUCAUCUAUCGCAGGAAAAAAAGAGCGAGCAGCCUAUGAUAACCUAAUUAAAUGCCCAGUGAGUUGGUUUAAAGUGUGUGGCGGGCCAUAGUUUGCCCACGGGCUAGAGUGAAAAGGAUAACUCCACAAUCUCCUCCAGCCUUGUCUUUGUUGCCUUGUGAUUUCCUUUUAAAAGUUUCUUAUAUUUAAAAGUAGCUAUCAAUUAUAAACAAUGACAAGCCAGCCAGAACCUGCCACUAGUGCAGGGCAAUAUGUAGCAACAAAAAAGAAAAUAAAUGUUGUGCUGGGUGGAAAACGAGUUUUACACCAUGCGCCAGGGUGCAAAAUAGGGGCUUAUGUGUCACCUGGACGAAUCUGAGAACAGUAUCAUAGAGGCCUUAACCAGUUCUAGCUGUGUGUGGUACUCAUCCAGGCUUAGAAAACACUGGCAGGAGAAUCUACACUGUUGAGUGAAUGAUUGAUUGAUUGAUACAUCGAUCAUGUAUGUUUCACUUUAAUGAGAUGAUUUAUUUUAUUUCAUUUUUAUCUAUUUACUUAAAUAUUGUAUAUCCUAUGGACCCUCCUGUGAGUCUGAAAUAAAGAUUAAAGUGAAUUGAA